AUGCCUACCCUUACAAACUGGAACGACGAGAUCAAGUACGAGGUCCCAGACGACAAAUUCAAGGCCCCAAACUCAAUCUCUGAAGUUCAGGCCAUCAUCAAAGAUGCUGCUCAGCAGAAUGAGAAGAUCAGAGUCAUCGGAGCUAUGCAUUCUACCACCCAGUGCAUGGUUGGCAGUGGUAUCACCAUUUCCAUGGAGAACAUGGCCAAGGUCUUGAAGGUCGACGAAGAGAGCAUGACCGUGACUGUCCAAGCCGGAGUGGCUAUUCAUCAGCUAUGCGAGUAUCUAAAGCCGCAUGGGCUGCAGCCCCCAGUCAUCCUCGAAUAUGGCAACUUUCAGAUUGGUGCCAUUAGUGGAACUCAAGCGAACGACAGCUCCUUGUCUGACAGUGCACAAUUCUCGUCUUUCGUAGUUGGCGUCAAACUCAUCAAAGCCAACGGAGAGCUGAUGGAAAUAUCCGAGACACAAAAUGCUCAAUACCUUCCUGCCAUCCGCUCUCACUACGGUCUCUUCGGCGUAGUCUGCGAAAUCACCAUUCGCAUCUGGAAAACCAGAUCACUGCAAUUCAGCUACGAACUAACCACCCUCGACGCCUUUUCCAAAGACGUCGUCGGCAAUGUCAACGCCCUCCGCAACUCCUACGAUCAAGCCUUCGGUCUUCUCUUCCAGGCCGACGGCAAAUUCAUGAUCCAACGACGUAAAUUCGUCAAUGGCAACACGAAGCCAGCUCAUCCUCUCACCAACACCCUCGAAGCAAAAGCCAUAAACCUCUACGCUGAUCUAGUUCUUCCUCUGGCAAAAGCAUCCGCACAGCUCAACCUUCCAGCCGCACAGGCGGAAUGGCUGAGCACUACGUUGGUGGAUUUACCUCUCAGAGCUCUCGCUCACAGUAACUACAUCAUCGACCCCAAUGAUCGCGCUUUACCUUACGAUGAAGAUCAACCCGACUUCGAUUUUUUCGAUUGGGUGUUUCCAGAGGAGAAUUGGUCCGCUAUGGCUCAUGCUUGGAUAAAGCUCUGCGAUAAAUUCGAGCAAGAGAAGAAUUUCGUCUUGACUUUGCCUUGUUUGGUUUAUUUUCUCAAGAAGGAUACAAACAUGCUUCUGUCUCGAUCCAGGGGUGGCAAUAUGAUGGCAAUUGAUCCUGAGUAUCAAGAUCCUACUGAUCCUAAGUGGUUGGAGUUCAGAGUGGCUUUCUGUGAGAUUGCAAAGCAGCAUGGGGGUAUUCCGCACAUCAACAAGACGAAGGAUGGCGCGAUUCAUUGGUUUGCUGGACAGACUGAUCAGGAUGCUUUGAAGGAGUAUAUAGAGUUGAGAAGGGAGUUUGAUCCUGAGGGGAUGUUCUUGAAUGAGUUCUUUGAGAUAAUGUUCGAAGGACGUCUCUAG